AUGUUCCAACUACGUCGAGCGACAGACAAGCGCCGGGAAUUGUACUCGUCGAGGGUGGAUAUCACACAGGACGAGGGACAUGCCAAUUCCCAUAUCCUCAGCCCUCAGAGUAUGACAGUUCACUUGGCUAGCUUGAAACGCCAUCGAUAUAUUUUGGAUCCUCUCGAGGGAGUCACUUACCUGCUGCUGUCCCACGCUGGCCAACUUCGGGGAUCACCGCCUUCGGAAACCUGCUUGUACGACGUUUGCCAGAGAUUCAGUCGAGGCCUUGUCCUUUUCGCUCACGCCCCUCGGCUUCGAGCAACAGCGCGUAUUUCUUCGGCGGAGCUAGGAUGGGUAGGUCUUGGUUUCUACUACAUCAAGGGCAAUGCCGCAUGGCGCACUCUACUGGGGCUCCAGCACGCCCCGGCGGCUUUCAUGCUGAUUGCCUCGUUCUGGACGCCCUUCUCGCCUCGGUGGCUGAUUAUGAAGGGACGAGAGGACGAGGCGCUGGAAGUGCUCCGGAAGCUACACGAGGGCAUCGAGGGAUACGAAGAGGACUUUUACGUCAAGGAGCUCCACCAGAUCAAGACGCAGUACCAGAUCGACAAGGCCAACAAGCUCGGCCUCGUCGCCAUCUUCAAGAAAAAGUCGUACCGCAAACGCAUGUACCUGAUUUUGUUGUUUGUGAGCUUCCGCCAGUUCGCCCGAAUCAUCCCGCUCCAGAACUACCAGGUCACAAUCUACACGAAGCUGGGGUUCACCAAUGUCUUUAGCCCCCGAUCCUGA